UGGUUGGUGUGGAUGGUGAAUGUCUGAGUACAACAUGCGUAAGAGCAUCAGCAGCUGUUGUUGACGUGGUCUGAAUCUCACACCUCACUCCAUUUUUACUGUUGUCACUUUCAUCUCAGACAGAUGUAAAUAUUUUACUGAAUGCAUACAGUUACACUUCAUGGUCAAACCUCUGGCAGUUUGCUCUCAGCAUUGUAUUUGAUACAAGGGUUAAAAAAUACCUUAUAAAACAUUUUUGUAAAUGAUGAUGUAAUCUUGCAAAUAUUGUUUUAUGAAAAGUAACUCCUGUAGGAAAAAAAAUAAAUGGAAAAAUAACCUGGCUGUUUGUCUGAAACUAUCUUGGAUCCAACACUUUGCAUCACUGUACAAAACCUUGCCUUUACAUUUGUGUUUUUUACUUCAAAAAUUGUAGUAGCAACGGGAAACCACCAGAGGGCAAAUUUUCUUACACAGUCUUAUUUUGAGAAAAUCGAACCUCAACCAAUAUUCACUGUCAUUGAUGAUUCUUCCUCAUGCACUUAUUGACACUGCAACCUGGAGUAACGGCUGAUACUCACACUAACAUGAAAAACGGUAGCACAUACAGUAUUACAUGUGUUCUACUUCAUUAGGACACAGUAUAAUAGACAUCCUGUUCAAAGGAUCCCACAAAUAUUCUGCUUCUUUUUAGACAUAAGUGGCACUGAGUAAUGCAGUACUACCGCUGCUCUGUAUGAACACUUCAAACAUGCAUAACUACUAACAGCAGUUAUGAUUGGUCAGACAGAUGCCACCACACCAUUCAGCUGUCAGAAUUGAAUUGAAUGUGAAGCCCUCUGUGAAGGUUUACAUUUUUGCAAAUGAGAAUGUCACUUUGACAUCGAUGGCAUGUUGAAAUGCAGACCAUAACUUAACUAAAUGUAACACAAACUAAAAUUGAGCACCAUUGGACAUACGAUCAUGUUUCCUUGAGUCAUGUCUGAUGUCCAGUUUUCAGAUGAUCAUAAGGAGACAGACAUUAAAAUGUCCCUUUUGCAGCACAAUAGUCUAAGUUUUUCUGAAUAGCGUCCCUUCAUGUCCCUCCCACUUAGCCAGAGCCAGCUUUUUCUGUACUCCCCCCUCCUCCCUCACCCUGGACACAUACCACUAGAGUGUUCCUAAUAUAGACCCAGGAGCACUGCAGGAACGGGUCAAGAAGGAAGGAAGCAGCGUCUUUUACAUGGACACAAUAGAACCAUGGAACCUUCUUCACCGGUAUGGAUCUCAAAAGAGAAGAUGGAAAUACAGAGGCAAGAGGCUGACGGCACCGUCUACAUGAACUUCAUGAAGAGUCACUGCUGCUACGAUGCCAUUCCAACCAGCUGCAAACUGGUCAUAUUUGAUACCAAACUGCAAGUAAAAAAGGCCUUCUUUGCUUUGGUGGCAAACAGCCUGAGAGCAGCGCCACUGUGGGACAGCAACAUGCAAAGAUUUGUGGGGAAGCUGACCAUUACAGAUUUCAUCAACAUCCUCCACUGCUAUUACAAGUCUCCCAUGGUUCAAAUGUAUGAACUGGAGAGUCACAAGAUCGAAACAUGGAGAGGUGAUUCAUUCCCAAACAUCCACCUACAAUAUUCCAGUCGCUUCCUCAUUAGUAUUUCUCCACAGGCCAGCCUGUUUGAUGCCAUUUAUUCCUUACUCAAAUAUAAGAUCCACAGACUUCCUGUCAUCGAUCCGGAAUCUGGGAAUGUCCUGCACAUUCUGACCCACAAACGAAUCCUCAAGUUUCUAUAUAUAUUUGGGAAAAAAAUUCCCAAGCCUGCCUUUAUUCGGACACCCAUUAAAGACCUCGGGAUCGGAACAUUCAGGAACAUUGCCACGGUCCAAGAAACGGCAUCACUUUAUGAAGCGCUCUCCAUAUUUGUGGAAAGGCGUGUGUCAGCACUGCCUGUGGUGAAUGAACAGGGUAAAGUGGUGGCGCUGUACUCAAGAUUUGACGUGAUUAAUCUGGCAGCCCAGAAGACUUACAACAAUCUGGACAUCACUAUGCAGGAAGCCAUCAGCAGGCGUACGUGUUAUGUUGAGGGAGUCAUCAAGUGCUACCCCCAUGAAUCUCUGGAAAUUAUUAUAGAUCGGAUUGUCGGCGCUAAGGUCCAUCGACUGGUUCUGGUGGACAGGGCUGAUGUGGUGAGGGGCAUCAUCUCUCUGUCUGACCUCCUGCAGGCCAUGGUCCUAACUCCUGCAGGUAUUGAUGCGCUUUUCUCCUAGCAGCAGCUACGUGGGGUCUCUCGCCUUUUUCCACCUGUGUAGGUUAGCGUCCUGGCCUUGUACCUGGGCAGUUAGGCUGUGAACCCCUUCCUACCCUGUUGUCUGGUCACCAGCACUCACAGAAAUUUACGUCUAAUCCAACUGAGAACUCACAAGAGGAGACACUCCCUGGCCAUGCUGCUGUUGAGCAAUAAAUGAAUAGUUCAAGCUUUGUUAGUGAGUGCUGAAAUGAGUAAAACAUUCACUGGUUUUUUGCUUCAUCACAUCAAACAAACUGUGCAGUAUCACUUUAUUUAUUGUUUUGUACAAAAUAGAAAAACAAUAUUAUAUUUGACAAAAUGUUUGAUUUUGGAAUAAUUUGAUCCAAACGAUCAAUGAUUGAAUAUAGUCCACUGGUGGGUACAACAUUUCCUUUUCGACAACCUGUCUAACCUUUGUACAACCUUCAUGCACUUUCGCCUGUAUCCACACGGGGGUGGCAUUGGAACUCUUUUGUUUAACCCCAUCCUCUCUUUUCAGUAAACAAGGAAACACGUGACUACAUAUUUCUGUCGUCAUUGUGGCCUUAUGAUCCCUCCGCCCCUCUGUGUCUUUGAUGCGUCAAGUUCAAAGAAAAGGUCGGGAAUAGGCAGAGAGUGUUUUCAGACUAAAAUGAUCACGCGUGUUAAAAUUCGUCUUUCUUCUGUUGAUGAAUAAAUAGGUCGGCUAUUAUCUGUGAUUGCUAUGUUUUAGCAAUUUAUCAUGCAAUAAACAACCUUUUUUUCUGUUUCUAUACUAAGGUAAAUAAAAUACUCCAUAACGAAA